AAAACAACUACCAGUCAGGGAGACUGAGAGACCGGCUGCAUUUCCUUAGUGGGAAUGUUUGUGUUUGUAGCGCUGAGACCAAUGAACAGAGGGUGCAUUGCUUCAGUGAGAAGGAAAGAGAGAGGAGAGAGAAAGAGUCAGCUGGGACCAUUAGCUGUGUGAGACUGGGGCAGGAGGACGAGCAGGGUUUGACCUUGAGGAAACAUCAGUCUACUAAGUCCCAGGGAGACAGAGAGGACAGAGAGGGACAGAGGAAGGAGAGGAGAAAACCACAGGGUUAUCCUCUCUCUGUGGCUUACCUCCAGAGAUGACCUAAUUAUUGUCUGUUGGCGCUAAGUGGUAUCAAGAGGACCAUAAAGGCUAAUCAUAUCUUCUCAGUCCCUGCUGGGCCUCUGUGGAUUUUACCUGCAAUGACUCACCUGUGCAAAUAGUGGUUUGCUAAUGUGAUGUCCCACUGAUCAACCCGUGCUGCUGUACAUACCUCUGGAGGCACGUCACUCACAACUGAGAGCUCAGUGCCGUAAUGGAGGCCGUGUUGUUGAGUCUAGACGAGGCGAUCUUUACUCGGCAGGGUCUGCUGUGGACUCUCACCACCACGGCCUUUCAACGCUUGCGUGUGCAUGCCAGGAAACUUCCUGGACCCCUGCACCUAUUACACACAAACAGGUGUGUGCCAAGGCCACUCUACCAGAUGACAGAGGGGAGGCGAUGUCAGGUCCAUCUCCUCGACGACAGGAAGCUGGAGCUCCUUGUACAGCCCAAGCUGAUGGCAAAGGAUUUGCUGGAUCUCGUGGCCUCUCACUUCAACCUCAAGGAGAAGGAGUACUUUGGAAUCGCAUACACAGACGAAACGGGCCAUUUUAGUUGGCUGCAGUUGGACCGCAGGGUAUUAGAACAUGAGUUUCCCAAGAAAACUGGUCCUAUUGUACUCUACUUUUGUGUCAGAUUCUACAUAGAGAGUAUAUCCUACCUGAAGGACAAUGCCACUAUUGAGCUUUUCUUUCUUAAUGCAAAGUCCAUCAUCUACAAGGAGCUUAUUGAGGUGGACAGUGACAUUGUCUUUGAAUUGGCUUCCUAUAUUGUACAAGAGGCCAAAGGCGAUUUCACCAGCAAUGAUGCAACCAGGUGUGACCUGAAAAAGCUGCCUGCUCUGCCCACCCAGGCCCUAAAGGAGCACCCAUCCCUGGCCUACUGUGAAGACCGGGUCGCAGAGCAUUACAAGAAGCUCAACGGGCAGUCCAGAGGCCAAGCUAUUGUAAAUUAUAUGAGCAUUGUAGAGUCUCUGCCCACAUAUGGAGUACAUUACUAUGCUGUUAAGGACAAGCAGGGGAUCCCUUGGUGGUUGGGUCUGAGCUAUAAAGGCAUCUUUCAGUAUGACCACCAGGACAAGAUCAAGCCCCGGAAGGUGUUCCAAUGGCGUCAGUUGGAGAACCUCUAUUUCCGAGAGAAGAAGUUUUCAGUGGAAGUUCAUGACCCCAGGAGUAGGGCGUCAGUGACAAGAAGGACGUUUGGUCACAGUGGCAUCGCUGUGCAUACGUGGUACGCCUGUCCCGCCCUCAUCAAGUCCAUCUGGGCCAUGGCCAUCAGCCAACACCAGUUCUACCUGGACCGCAAGCAGAGCAAGUCAAAGAUCCAUGCAGCACGGAGCUUGAGUGAAAUUGCGAUAGACCUCACGGAAACAGGAACUCUGAAGACCUCCAAGCUUGCCAACAUGGGCAGCAAGGGCAAGAUUAUCAGUGGCAGCAGUGGUAGUCUGCUCUCCUCAGGCUCUCAGGAAUCAGACAGCUCCCAGACAGCUAAGAAGGACAUGCUGGCAGCACUAAGGGCCAGGCAGGAAGCUCUGGAGGAAACGCUAAAACAGAGACUAGAGGAACUGAAGAGCAUCUGCAUCAGAGAGGCGGAACUGACAGGAAAGCUUCCGAAGGAAUAUCCUCUGGAUGUGGGAGAGGAGCCGCCCACAGUGAGAAGAAAGAUCGGUACGGCCUUCAAACUGGACGAGAAGAAGAUUGUUCUUAAGGGAGAGGAAGAGGAGCUGGAGCGGUUGGAGCGGGAGUUUGCCAUUCAGUCCCAGAUCACAGAGGCAGCCCGGCGUCUGGCCAGCGAUCCUCACCUAAAUAGUAAGAAGCUGAAGAAACAGAGGAAGACGUCUUAUCUGAACGCACUGAAGAAGCUCCAGGAAAUUGAGAACUCUAUCAAUGAGCACCGGGUCCGCUCUGGAAAGAAGCCGACGCAGAGAGCAUCACUUAUCAUUGAAGAAGCCAAUAUUGGUUCUGAAGACAGCUCACUGUCCGACGCACUGGUCUUGGAUGAUGAUGACCCUCAAGUUACAGGAACCCCCACCUUCUCUCCAGUAGCAUCACCUCACAAGGGCCUCCCUCCUCGGCCUCCAUCUCACAGUCGGCCCCCUCCACCGCAGUCCCUGGACGGCCUGCGACACCUGCACUACACACGCUUGGACUACGAUAAAUCACCCAUCAAGCCCAAGAUCUGGAGUGAAUCGUCACUGGAUGAGCCCUAUGAAAAAGUCAAGAAACGCUCCUCUCACUCAAGUAACAGGCGUUUCCCGAGCUCUGGCAGUGCAGAAGCCGGAGGCAGUAACUCUCUGCAGAGCAGCCCCAUCAGGAGCCUCCCUCACUGGAACUCUCAGUCCAGCAUGCCGUCGACCCCGGACCUGAGGACUAGGAACCCACACUAUGUACAUUCUACUCGGUCAGUGGACAUCAGUCCAACCCGUCUGCACAGUCUCGCUCAGCACUUUAGGAACCGCAGCUCCAGCCUCGAGUCCCAGGGCAAGCUGCUCACGUCCGACCCUGACACACACCCGCACACCCUGGGAACACUGGGCAGUCCUGACUUCUUCCUGGUCCCAGGACGCUCCAAUGGCUCUGACCCACUGGAUGACUGCUCAUCGUGCACCAGCCAAAGCAGCUCAGAGCAUUACUACCCUGCUGGUGGACCCCCUGGCAGCAACCCCAACUACUCUACUCUGGGAGAGGACUCACCCUCCAAAGCCAGGCAGAGGCAGAGGCAAAGGCACAGGUCUGCUGGAAACCUGGGUUCCUCUAACUCCGGCUCCAUGCCAAACCUGGCAGCUAAGAACGGCUCUGUUGGAGGAUCAGGUGGAGGCAGCAUGGGAGGGGGACACCACGGAGUUUACCUCCACAGCCAGAGCCAGCCCUCCUCUCAGUACCGCAUCAAGGAGUACCCGCUGUACGUGGAGGGCAGCCCCAACCCCGUGGUGGUGCGCAGCCUGGAGAGCGAUCAGGAGGGCCACUACAGCGUGAAGGCCCAGUUCAAGACGUCCAGCUCCUACACAGCCGGGGGACUGUACAAGGAGGCCUGGGGGGGAGAGGAAGGAGGAGAGGGGAGCGGCCGUCUCACGCCGUCGCGCUCUCAAAUCGUACGGACUCCGUCAUUGGGGCGAGAGGGUGGUGGAGGAGGAGGGGGGAGGGCAGCGGUAUCUGACGAACUACGAUGCUGGUACCAGAGGUCCUCAGGGAGCCUGAAGGAGAGGAAUCAUUCACAUUCGGGGUCCACCUCCUCCGAGACAGGGUCACAGCAAGGCACUCUGGGACAUGGACGAGGGAGCAGAGUCGGGACACUCGCCAAAGGCUCACCAGCUGCAUCCCCUCACAGCCAGAGGAGUAUGACGCCCUCCAGUGAACACGCAGCAACACCCACUCCCCCCUGUAGCCCACAGCACAUCCUCAACUGGCAGAGCGGAGGCACAGCAGACUGCUCUCCUACUGAGGACGUCUGUCAGUCUCCCCCUCAGCCCAGCUCUGAUGCAUAGAGGUCGUUCAGUGACAGCUGUUUUCUCAGCAGCCCCCUGUGUUCAGAGCUGGCAGAUGUGCAGUGGUACGGACACGACAAGGCCAAACCUGGAACCCUGGUCUGAGACCUUCCUUUAGGAGCCGAGAAAAGUCCCGUCGCCCUCUCCUACUGCCUCUCCACUGUCCCUCACUACUACCCAUCGACAACCAACAACCUCAUCCUUAAAACCCUACAAAAUCCUGCCCCGACCGGAUUGGUGGACUGGAUAUGAGCCUUCCUCCUCCUCCCUCUAUCCCGCCCCUUCAUCCAUUUCCCCUCUUUAUUAUGCCCCCUCCUCUAUCACAGCUCAGCCAGACAGGGACACACUCACUGGGCUCUGAUUAGGGCGGAUUUCAUCAGACAGACUGAGAAGUGCCACCUCAGCUGUUGAACAGUUGCCCUACAGCACCAAGGAGCUCCAUCUGUACCCACCCUCACCGGGACGAGGGGGAAGAAGCGAUGGGGAUAGAGAGCACAGAAACUCAAACUCAACAAAAUUCAACUAUCGGCCAUUUCCAGGAUCCGUUUCAUAUCUCAUCUUUGAGCCCCCCCCAAUCUAACAAACUUUAGUGCAUUGCCACCAAAUCAUUACUGGAUUUGAGCCACCAGUUUAUAACCCAUUCCCUGCCCUCGAACAAACUGUGUUGGUCUUCAUUACUCCCAUCACUGUUGUUCGUCUUGUUUCUGUUUGUUCAUUUCUCCCUGCGUAAUUAUAAAUAAGAAAAGACGACACCAACUUUUCCAAAAUCUGGAUUAACACACAUGACUCUUCUCAGUUUUUAACCCACAACCAAAGACAACUACUGGAUUGACUGGUCACACCUUGGGAAGAGCGCCUGUGAAUUCACAGGAUGGUUUCUGGGACGCUGUCGGGAAUAUUUGCGAGGACUAUAGCAAUAACAAACAUUGUACAAGUCUAUGAAGUGGUGUGUAAAUCCUGAGUGAACUGAAGCACAUGUUCUCUGCCCUGUGAUGCCUGGAGUUGAGGCUCCUCAGUGCAUCUCAGGGAGAAUAUGGUGUUUUGGUUAUUGUGUUUGGCAUCAAGCUACGUUUUCUCCGUACGUGUCUGGUCUUUACACGAUCCCUCUGCCCAUAACAGUUUGUUUGGCCGCAUGGUGGUGGAUUACGAACAGUGCUGGAGCCAGCGCGCGGAGGGUCGUGUUGGAGCUUCAUCUUUUAACAUGACCACACACGAUCACAGUUACUGCAACGUUUCAUUCCAGCUCGCCACAUCUUUCAUCUCCCGCCCUGACAGUAGGAGAUGAUUGGCUGUUGACACCUGCUGGCGUUACGUGUAGUUUGACAUUGAGGCUGUUAAGUGAUAAAUCUCAACAGUGAAUCAUCUUGUUUUUAUCACUGCUGUCUCCUCUCUGGUCUUGGAUUUAUUUAGCAGUUCACACCAUGCUGGGUGUUUGUGUCAGUCCCUCUGUAGCACUGUGUCUUCUCCUCUUUCUGUCCGUCUCUUCAGCAUGACAGCAGCAUCCUGACUGAACACACACAGUCUGAACUCAGUGCUGGACAGAUCACACGCUGACUGUCAAAAUACUUUGCAUCUAUGGGCACACACGAGUACUAAUAUAUUUGUGCCAAACAUGUUACACUUGUACUGUAUUCAGCGCUGGAACGGCAACUUGUUUGAGCUGUAGAUCCCUUCAAAUCCCCACAGUGCAUAGACAUUCUAUUAAACAGCAAGGAAGCAAGAUUCUACUUCACAUACGAUUUGGCAUCAGAUGGACUGUUAAGGAAUAAGUCGAUUGUACUUUGGUUUUAAAGCACAACGUUAACAGUGUGUGAGGGCUGGAGCUACUACUGUUGUAUGUUCUCAUUUUCCACUCUCAUCUACUGAUGAGUUGUAUCGAGGUGCAAACAGGCAACUAGAAAAGCUAGAACCGCAGACGAGGCGUUAAAUAAUCGUGUCUUUAACAGCACAUAGAUUCAUUAAUAGUUAAUAUUACCAGAGUGUCAGGGCAGACGACAAGCCAUAAUAAGAAGUGAGGAAAAAGCCUCUUGAGAUGGAGCGACUUAUUUUAUCGCACGUCCCAAACAACAAUGACAUAUUCAGAACAGGGUUAGAAAAGCACACCUGGUUUUGUACAAAGGAAGUUGAACUGUGCAUGUUCUCGCUGUCCCCGAACCAGUUCCCCUUCGCUCCCCAGAACAAGGUUUACCCGUUGUUCCGUCUUUGCACAAAAUGUGAAGAUAAUGACAGAUGACAAUUCUGGAUAAAUCGUGUGUCGUGCUCGGGAGCGUUGGCGCGCAUCUUACUCUGUCCCUCGCUGUGGUGUUUCCUUUAUGCACAGUUGAUGUAAUCUGCCACUUUCUAGACUAUUUCCCAUGAGAAGGUUUAACCCUCUCUCGUGCCCCCGUGCAUGGCUGGUUCUCCAAGAGUUAUCCACCCUCGCCCGCUCAGAUUUGUGAGGUCCUUUACCCAGGAUUGGAACUAGCACUUGCCAGUUACCAUCACUCUAUCUAAUCAGGAGUUAUGACUUCAGUGUAUUCAAGGUUGACCCAGCUUUUUGCACUGAGAGUCUGCGCUCAGACUUUUCCCAUGCAUGCCAUGCAGAUCCGCUGAUAACAACCCUAAACACAUCCAGCACCUGAGUUCUUUACGCUAACAUUAGCACGUCUUUCUCCAUAGUGUCAGCCCCCCCACCCCAGCCCCCAGAGGGUCCCGUUCUGACCUUGUGCAAACCUCUGACCUCUGAGCCCGAUGUGAUGAAGUGUGACGUCCCCUCUGUAGUUCCAAACAAGCCCAUAUUUUCUGUGCUCCAUUAAGAUGUUUGAGGUUUUUUGUAAUACUCCAAGAGAAGUGAACUAACUUUUAUCAGUCUUUUCCUGUAUGUGCGGAGGGGCACCGUAAGGUUUUGUGGGGUUUUUAACAUUGACAUUCAUUGUUUUAACAAUGUUCCAUUUUAUAUGAAUCAGUAUUGUUUUUGUUUUUUUAGUUCCGACAUUGUAACGACCCUUUCAGGUGCUACAAAAUGACCAGUUACUGCUUUGUCACAUAGGAUCUAGACAUCUCUCCACUGUUAUCGAUAGAUUCAAUACCAGAUGUGCAAAAUGAAGCUUAUUUUAACAAACCGUUUAAUAGUAGAACACUUCCCCUCGCAGACAAUAGAGCAUGUAACUUGAUUUUAUCAGUUCUGUUCAACUGUAACAAUACAUUAAAGGUGUUGUAGGAAAAAAUGUGGAAUUGAUAAGAAAAAAAAAACUGAAUUCCACAGUUAAUUUAUUCUUUUUUCUAUUAAAAAUUUGUAUAGUAACUUUACAUUUUUCAAAACUGUGUUGUUGGAAAUUGAUGAUGAAUUUUCAAGAUGAGAAGCCGUGGUGGUUCUUGAGAGUAAGAAAAAUAAAUUAUUGAUGAAUGUUCUCAA